AUGAAAUCUCUGAGCAGCCUCGGCCUCGCCUUGAGCCUCGUUUUCGGAUGCCUUUUCCUCGCCCUCCUAGCCGAGCUUUACUACCUUCUAUGGUGGAAGAAGAGGAUCGCCAACAGGGAGCUUGAUGAUCCCGGCUACGGCGGAACCCCGGCCAAAGAGUUGCUCUACAUUUUCUGCUGGAAGAAGCCCUCGUCUCUCAGCUCCACCGCCGCUCUCGACCCGCAAGAGCUCCGCUCCGACUCCCCUUCCGCCGAGGACUGGUGGCCUGAGACCGAGCUUGCCGGCCCGCCCAGGUUUCUCUUCACGAUUAAAGAGGAAACGAAGGAGGAUUUGGAAUCCGAAGACGGGAAGUCCAGAAAAGGGUCGAGAAGCCGAAGCUUGAGCGAUGGGAUUAACGUCUCGGUGGAGACUCCGUUUCUCACCCCCAUUGCUUCGCCGCCGUAUUUCACGCCGCCGCGCAGCCCCAUAGCCUUCUCCGGCAAUGGGUUCAAUCCCCUCUUUGAAUCGUCAUCGCCGCCUGCCCAGCUCAAGUUCUUGAAAGACGCUGAAACCAAACUUCACAGAAGAAAACUGGGUCAAGAAGUUGAGGAGGAAGUUCAGAAGGUCGAAGGAUCGUCGAUUCAACAAGAUGAAGAGAAUGAUUCUUUCAUUACGCUGGUUAUCGAUAAGAACAGAGAGGCAGAGAUGAAGCACCAUUCGAGCUCUUCACAGGUGCUUCCUCUGAGCUCGUCGCCUUCCUCGUUCAGAUUUCAGACCACCCAUUAA